UGUGUUGUGCAGAAGUCAGGUUAACACACAGCCGACAGCCCUGUUGGACAAGUGUUAAAAUUCAUAUUAUGGCAAGAACUAACCAGCUAACUAAAGAAAAACGAGUGGCCAUCAUUACUUUAAGAAAUGAAGGUCAGUCAGUCCGGGAAAAUUGCAAAAACUUUAAAUGUGUCCCCAAGUGGAGUCACAAAAACCUUCAAGCGCUACAACGAAACUGGCACACAUGAGGACCGACCCAGGAAAGGAAGACCAAGAGUCACCUCUGCUUCUGAGGAUAAGUUCAUCCGAGUCACCAGCCUCAGAAAUCGCAAGUUAACAGCAGCUCAGAUCAGAGACCAUCCGGUUUGCGUUUAGUUGGACGCUCAUUUAUUUUUCAACAGGACAAUGACCCCAAACACACCUCCAGUGAUGGAGUGCUGCAGCAGAUGACCUGGCCUCCACAGUCACCGGACCUGAACCCAAUCAAGAUGAUUUUGGGGUGAGCUGGACCGCAGAGUGAAGGCAAAGGGGCCAACAAGUACUAAACAGCUCUGGGAACUCCUUCAAGACUGUUGGAAAACCAUUUCAGGGUGAUCUGAGGAAUAUGGAUCCAAAGUGCUGGACGUUUUUCCUCAUCCUGGUCACCCAAAGCAAGCUGCUUGUGAUGGCCGGCCCUGAUGAAGAUAACUACCAGGAACACGUUAACCAUCGAGGUGAGCAUCAGGUGACACGCAACCGGAUUACUACUGCUCAGUACAUAUGUUUCCAGCGCAUCGUGAAACAAUUACAGGAAACAAACACAACAGCAGGUGUGGAGUGCAACACGACGUGGGAUGGCUGGCUGUGCUGGGAUGAAACUAAAGCAGGGGUAACAACCGAGCAGAGCUGCCCGGACUACUAUGAAGAUUUUGACCCUCAUGCAAAGGCAUCCAAAGUGUGCUCCAAGACCGGCGAGUGGGGACGCCACCCGAAGAGCAACAGGACGUGGACAAACUUUACAAACUGCAAAGCUAACACCUCGUCACAACAUGAUGAGACAGCCAUGAAUCACUUCUACCUGGUGAUGAUCGGUCAUGGUCUGUCGCUGGUGUCGCUGCUGAUAUCUUUAGGAAUAUUCUUCCACUUUAAGAGUCUGAGCUGUCAGAGAAUCACGCUCCACAAAAACCUCUUCAUGUCAUUCGUGCUGAACUCGGUCAUCACAGUCGUCUGGCUCAUCACGGUGUCCAAGAAGCAGGAUCACACCUAUAACGAUUCUGGCACCUGUAAACUGCUCAUGAUCAUGCACCUGUACCUGCUGAGCUGUAACGCCUUCUGGAUGCUCUGUGAGGGGAUCUACCUGCACACUCUGAUCGUGGUGGCAGUGUUUGCUGAGAAGCAGCAUCUCAUCUGGUAUUAUCUGCUUGGCUGGGGUUUUCCUGUGGUGCCGGCUGUGAUACAUUCAAUAGCACGCCACUUCUACCACAACGAUAAGUGUUGGGUCAGCUCAGAUACUUCCCUGCUGUACAUUAUCCAUGGAACAAUCUGUUCUGCAUUUGUGGUGAAUCUGUUCUUCCUGCUCAACAUCCUCCGGGUCCUCAUCACCAAGCUGAGGGUGACGCACCAGGCCGAGUCCAGCCUGUACAUGCGGGCAGUGAGAGCCACCCUCAUCCUCAUCCCUCUGUUUGGCUGCCAGUUUGUGCUUUUGCCCUACAAGCCCGAGGAUCACUGGAUCACUGGGAUCUACCAGUACGUCAUGGCUAUCCUCAUGCACUACCAGGGUCUCUUGGUUUCUACAAUAUUCUGCUUCUUCAAUGGAGAGGUCCAGAGCGUUCUGCGGAGACACUGGAAUCAGCAGCGGAUGCAGUUCGCCGGCACGUUCGCCAACGCUGACUUCUUCCGCUCAGCCUCCUAUGUGGCCUCGUCGCUCACAGAAGUCCACCGCUGCUACAGCAUCGAAAGCCACACGGAGCACAUGAACGGGAAAAGCUACUCAGAUAUAUUCAGAUCAGACAGCCCUUAUGUGUGAAGGCGGACGCUCAGCUCUGUUUUGUUGACCUUUCCUGAGAUGUUACGAAGAUGGAAGUCUUAGUCGUCUUGGAGUUAUACUACUGUUCACAAUAACUGAUAGUGAAUGUUUUACUGAAAAACCCCACACUUUUUCCUUCAGUUUUUAACUUCUUCUCCAUGAACAGAAAGAAACUGUGAUGGAAGACACUUUUUAUUCUUCAUUAUUAGAGUCCACUGAUAUUAAAAGGGGCUGCUGCUGGACAUGUGAGAGACCCCUGACUCAACCGGAUCACACAAGAAACAUGUGGAACAAGACACUUUUUCCAGGAACUUUUUUUUGGAUACGAUGCAAUUUCUCAAACAGGAAUUGGUGAGUGUGAACCACCUCUGGAAAUGCAUUACAGGUUUUACUUUUGGGCACAUAACUCUGCUGCAGAACGUUGCAGCAGCAUAGCCGCAGACACGUACAGAACCUGGGAGCUUAAGUAUCUAAAUAUUUCAAAAUGCUGGAGAAAAGAUUCUGCAACAGUCAGGAGGAGGACUGCACUGAAAGAUGUUUGUACAGAUAUUCGGUUUCAGUGACAUUCCUUGUCUUUAUCAAGUCACAUAUCAAUAUUACAUUUAGGCAACAUUUACUGGGCUGUGUAUAUUUUCUCAGUCAGUUGUAAGCACAACAUUCAUGGAUGUAAACUUUCAUACCAACAGCAGCUGGUAGUUUAAUAGCAUUAAGUUAAAAAUAAGUAGAUUGGUAAAGGAUUGUGUAAAGUGAGGAUGUGGUUUUGCAUAAAUAACCCCCUGCUUGUUAUCUGGCUGCUGGAGUAAACACAAAGUUAAGUUUCAAAAAGGACUUGAUGAUUUAUUUAUACAACUUUAAGUAAUAGUCCCUCUGAUUGGAGGGUCAGAGGGAUGUAGUUUUGCCACAGUGUCAACAGGCAGAGGUGAAAUGUUCUGCAGAUCAAGUAUUUAAAUUGCAGAGUAAUUUAAGACAAACCUCCUGAAGAUUCGGUGUCUAGAAAACAGAUUCAGCAGGAACUGAUUCACUAAACAAACAAUUACUGUAAUUUCAUAUUAACUUGAUCAACAUGAAGUCAUUCUUAAAUGCAUGUGUUCUAACUCUGAAGUCUGAAGAGCUGCUGGUUCAGCCUUCAAUAAGCAGAUCAGUUGAUUACACAAAGUGAAACAAGAAUUUUAUCAGAAAGAGAUCUGGCUUUCUUUUUGCAAGCUACAUGACAACAUCAGCAAGAGGGAAAAAGACUGGAAACCGGGAGAAACAGCUAGCUUGGCAGCACCUGUAUAGCUCACCAACGAACACAGCAUGUGCCAAAAUGUUGAACUGUUCCUUUAAAUGUAUAGCACUGAACUGUAAAUGAAUACCUUUAUAAUGCUAAUGAUAAUAUUGUAUGAGUUACACUGGACUGAUGUGUGUGUUUUUUUGAUGAUGGCUUUACUUUUUAUAGCAGGGUUUGGGAAAUGUAUAAAUGUUCUUUGUAGGUGAAUGUUGAAACCACUCUCAUGUCUGCACAGUGAAGAAGAAGCUACAGCCAGAAGUCCACUGGGUAGAAUCGCAUUUCCUGCAUUCAUAACACUUCAGGUAUUACCGUACAUCUCCUCCAAAGUCUCCUCUCUUUUCAUCUUUGCAGUAGCUGCAGUAUGAUCAACAAUUAUCCGCUCAAACACAACACCUUUGGGUUCAGUUAUGGUUGUUUCUUGUGCACAAACAAGAAUCUUUUAGAAAGACUAGCCAACUAACGUUAAGUGGACACUCCAAUGCAGUGCUCACCAUGCUGUAGGCCACUAUGCCGUAGAGUCAAGAGAUAAUCUUGACUUGAAAGAACUGUCAAAACGCAGAUGAAUGUUUUCAUCCACAAAGUCUGAUUUCGGUUUUUGUAACAUAGCUUUGUCCAUAAAUACCAUCACUGCUUUUUCAACCUGAAAUAAUAAUGCUGUAAAUAAAAAACAGUGUUUGUA